CUCGCGCAUUCGGUUUCGCCGCCGACUACUCAAAACCCCAGCGGUGGUUGCCGCCGUCAGCGAUCACUUGCCACCGACAAAGCCGUGUGAUUCAGAUCGCUUAUCCUCCUUUCCCCUUCGCAUGGUUGGUUAGUUCUCGACGGUCUCGGCAUGGCGGCUGCCGCGCCUCAGCGAGGGAAGUCCCAAUCUAACCUUCUGCAUCGCGAUUUCUCCUCGCCGGUUCUGAAGUCUUGGGGAAGCCAGAGGCAUAUACGGUACGACGGCGUAGAUGGGAGCGGAGAGGGAGUAGCCGGAGAGCAUAGAUCGGCGUUGCCGUCGCCGGCGAGGGAUUGCUCCCGGCGAUUCUCAAGGAUAGGGGCUCCGAAGAUUGGCUACAUCGACGAGGAUGGUGGGUUGGCGGAGUUCCGGGAGAAGCUCAUGGGGCAUCUUCGGGAGGCCGCCGACAAAAUGAAACUCGAUGUUCCUACCAUUAAACCGGCGUCCUCCAUCGCCGUGACGGAGCCGGAGAUCAUACCGUCCUCCUCCGCUGCUGAGACGUCGAUCCCGUGGAAUCUCAGGAAGAGGAGGGCUCCGCCGGCGAAGGCUGCGGACAGGAACGUCCGACUGAGGUCGGAGGUUGAGGAGAAGAAGGAACCAAAGAAGUUCUCCAUCUCGCUCUCCAAGGAAGAGAUUGAGGAGGACAUCUUUGCCCUAACGGGAUCUCGUCCUCGCCGCCGGCCAAAGAAACGGCCGAGGAAUGUCCAGCGGGUGCUCGACGCCCUCUUCCCGGGGUUGUCUCUGUCGGAUAUCAGUAUCACACCGGAGUUGUACAGGGUCCCGGAAUAAUCCUUCGCCGGCGAGGUUAUCCUCACCAUCCGGUGACCGUAUCACACACCCCUCUUUUUACAAAUCCUAUUAUUUAUAUACAGCAAUUAGGAUUGUUUCAGAACUAUUCUUCCAUGUAGAAGAUAACAGUCCUUCUGUAUCGUUUGCAUUUGAAUUUCUCCAUAUGCGUUAUGAACUACCUUUUUAUAAAAAAAAAAAGGAAAAAUCGCUUCUUUUUAUAUUUA